GGGCACGGAAGCGGCCAUUUUCAAACUUGAUCCUCAGAAUAAUGAGAUUUUGCCAACGUGGAUCAAUCCUGAUGGCAGUAGAAAAGGUUCAGAUGAUUGGCUAUCGCCAAAGAAUGGUGUUGCUCAUGUUCGCGUUUUCACUACAAAAAUAGAAGAGAACAUAGAAGACUUCGACCAAGAAGAGUUAGGAGGACUUGUAUUCCUUACUGGAGUCUAUAACAACACGCCAGGAUCAAAGUCUCCGACGACUCAUUCUGCUAAUCCAAAAAUAUUAUGUGCAGUAGUGGUCAGGAUCAAGGCACGUCCUCAGACAGCCGACCUCCCUCCAAACUCCGCAACUCAAACCGACAAUUCGGCGGCAUACGAUGCGACACAGAAUGACGUCAACGACGUAAAUACUCCAUAUGUCCCAACGUCAGCUGUGCCGAGCGAAGUCUUUCGAUGCGACUGUGGCUGGAUAGGAGAGAACGACCACGAGUUCUUUGGUACAGAAGAAGAACAAGCCAGAGCCCUCGAAGAGGAACGGCGGCAACGGAUGGCUUGGGCCAACCACAUCGUCGCAGAACGAGAACGCCAGCGUCUACGACAAGGGUUGGAAGCUCGCAAACCCCACCUCGUCCUACCCAAAAACUUUCCUAUCCCUC